AUGUUAAAUUUAGAUUAUUGGAAGUCUAAAAAAAGUAAUGAAGCCUUAAUUUUGGUUAAAAAUGAGGAUCCCAAGGAGUUGACCAGUAUCUGCACAAUAUCCCCUUUUAAGAUUAGAGAGGAAUGGUUGAAUUAUCUGGUAAAAUUGAAUGACUCUGAGAAGCAAAUCCUGAUUAAUCAAAACUGUAAAUUGAUUUGUGGAUCAACAAAAGAUUCCACUAUAAAGAUUUUUUGUGAGGAAGAUGAUGAUGAGUUUCUAUCUUGUUUUAAUAUAAUAAAUGUGGAUACACGUGAGAAAGUUGAGUAUAAUAUUAAAAGUAUCUACAGUAUCAUUAAACAGGAAAGUAUGGAAGAGCUUAAAUAUAGUUUGGAAGAUUCUUCCUUAGACUCAUUAUAUAAGGAUAUUGUCAUAGUGGUCAACACUGAUAAUAAGUUAUUAUCCUGCAAAAUUCCUUUACAUUAUAUAUUGACUUUGUUCAUAAGAAGUAAGCUUAGAAGGAUCCGAAAAAAACUUGGAAAUAGUCAAAACUCUGAUCUGAGUGUUUUAAAUAUUAGAAAAACCUUGUGGAUAUAUCAAAUAGAGAAUGGUAAAAAUACCAAUAUAACUUCUUGUUUUAACAUAAAUAAUGUUUAUCCAUAUAUACUAUUAGCCUCCAAAGAUGAAGAUGAAGAGACAAAAUUACAUCUUUGCUUAAUUUCAUUAAGUAGAAUGGAGUUUGAGCUGAAUGUAGAGAGUGAAAAAACAGGAAAUCCCUUGAAUAUUAUAUGUUCUAACAGUUUUGUUUUGGAAAAUUGUGGAUCUAGCUUUGAAAUUCUUGAAAAUGGAAUUGGAUUCUACCCAUUAAAGUCUAGCUAUAUUUGGGUGGUUACAACUAGGAAAACAAUUAUUCAGAAGCUGGUGGAUGAGAAGGAUUAUAGUCAAAAUGUAAGCUUGGAUAUGGAUUGCCUUAAUAAUGAGAAUGGUGAAUUGAAUAUUAAUGAUCUGUCUGAAAAUUCUAGUUCUUGUUUAUAUCUAUUUGAAUCCAAUAGGAGCGAGAUCAAACAAAGAGGGAAGAUGAUUUGUACUAAUUACAAGAUUGAAUUUUUCAGAAUCUUGAAUUUAACUUGUAUAAAUGAAGGAAAAGACCAAUCAAAAAUCAAAGAAUAUAUAAUCAGAGCAGUUUCUUCUACAAAAAGUCCAAAUGGAUUGUUUUGUUUUGAUUUUAAGCUUAGAGUAAGUCAAAAUAGUUCAGAAAUUGAUAGUAUGACCCUUUUAUCUUUAAUUUUCAUGCCAAUUCUGGAAAAAGAAGUUAGUAACUUUUUAAAGCCUUUUGAUAAUCAAUCUAAUGAUAUAAACACAAACAAUUAUUUGAAUUACUCCUUUGGAAAAAAUGAGAUUCAAAGCCUCAGCAAAAGCAGAAACUAUGAGUUUGUUUCACCAUCUGAAAGAUAUAAUUAUCUAAGAAUUACUACUUUAUCUGUAAUACCAAAUUAUAUUCUUUUACUAUUUGGAAGAAACAUAGAUAGUGAGUUAUGCGAAAAUUUCCCUCUAAUAUUUUGUGGAUUGUCAAAUGGUGAAUGGAGAACUUAUACUAUAAAAUCAUCAUUAAACACAAAAAAAAGUGAAAUCCAAGACAAACUUAACUUAAAUACUGAUGACAUCGGAUUUUUUGUACUUAAGGGAGUUCACUUACUAAAAGGAGACGAGCUUUCUAUUAAUAAUCAGCUUCAUGACUUGAAUAUAAAUGUCUCUCCUUCGUAUUGGAGCUUUGACCGUAAUAUUAAUACAUCGAUACUGUCAAUUGCAGCUUCAAAUAGUAUCGGUAAUGUAUUUCUGUGGAGCUUAGAAAAGGAGAGAAGGCAGCUUCCAUCCAAAUAUAUGAUCACAAAAAGAAAAGAAUCUAUGGGAUACAACUCAAACUCUGAAAUAAUACCAAAAGAAAUUUUUUCAAAGUCUAAUGAAAUAAGUAAUGAGCAAGAUAAAGAACAAAGAAAAGUAAUAUCGUCUAAUAAAACUCGAAGGAACAAAGAUAUUCUGAAAAUUAUGGACGAACAUAUUAAAAGAAUUGAUGAAAGACUAAGAAAAGUUAAAAUUCAAGAAGAAAUAAUCUCGGAUGCUGAGAAACUCCAGGAAAGAGUAAGAAGAAACAAAAAAAAUAUAAGGAAAUUGACAAGAGAAGAAGCUUCAAACUUUGUUCCAGAAUGUUUGAGUAGGUCAGUUAGUCCUAGAAAAGGAUGUAUUUCUUGUAAUUUAUCAGACCCAGAAGAGAAAAAGCCGUUUUUCUUUAAGUCGAAAUAUGACAACUUUGACUAUAGGAGAUAUAGAAGCUAUUAUAAGAACAAUGACCAUGAAUACCUUUUCCAGCUAAACAGCUUUCUAAAUAUUGAAUGCAUUUACAAGUCUGAAUUAUGUAUAGAAGCUGGAAAUAAUAGAAAAGACCCACAGAUUUUCAAUGAGAUUGUCAAUUUUGACCAACUCUGUUCUAAAUGGUCAAAAAAUGUCAAUAACGACAUUCAAUAUGAUGAAAUUUUGAAUGAGAAAUAA